CCCCCGCGGAUGGUCUGUUGUUCUUGUCCUGUGCGUGCGAGCUGAUGCCCCUCUUCGCCAGACGCUCUCUCACCUCCCCUAUUCUUCGUCUCCCCGUAUUCGAGCGCAUAUACUCUACUCUACCCUCACCAUAAGCCAUGGCUAGGUCUCCCAGAGGCCGCAUCCGACAGCUCGCAACCACGUCCGACGACCCCCUCACUCAAGCCAUCGCACCGCCCCCAGACGAGUCCGAGGUUGCGCGAGCGGAGCGGCUGCGCCAGGAGGCAGAGGCGAAGCGCAUUAGCGACGACAUCGAUGAGGAGCUCAAGCGCGAGCGUGCUGUCUGGAAGAAAAACAAGUCCCUCUUCAAGCUCUUGCUCCUCGGCCAAAGCGAGAGUGGCAAGUCGACCACGCUAAAGAACUUCCAGCUCGCCUUCGCCCCUAAUGCAUGGCAGCAGGAACGCGCUUCUUGGCGUUCCGUCAUUCAGCUCAACCUCGUCCGCUCUGUCAACAUCAUCCUCGAUGUCCUCGCCGAAGAAAUGGCCGCUGCGCCCUCCCGCACAACCAGCCCCGGGCCUGGCUCCAUCGUGACCUCGCGACCCACCAGCCCCAACUUCCACACCAUCCCUGCCUCUCCUAGCGCGGACCUGGAUCCUGACGCGGAUGCCGACGCCGAUACAGCGCCUCCGCUCGAGUUCUCGCACCAGCAUGCGCUCCUCAAGAUGCGCCUCACGCCGCUGCGCCAAGCCGCGGGGAAUGCGGGUAGUGUAGAAGGCAGCACGAGCGAGCACGGUGAGCGCGGGCGCAUGGACAGCGCGACGGAGGUGCUAGCCGGGUGUGCGGGGGAUGUGCGCGAGCUAUGGGCGAAUGGGGUCGUGCGCACUAUGCUUGCACGGCGCAAGAUGCACCUGGAGGAGUCGUCUGGUUUCUUCCUAGACGAUGUAGAGCGCAUUGCGACGCGCACGUAUGAGCCGACGGACGAUGAUGUCGUGCGUGCGCGAUUUCGGACGCUGGGGGUGCAGGAAUAUAGCCUUACAUUCGAGAAUACCGAUGUUACGGAACGCGGCAUCGCGAAGGAGUGGAUGAUAUACGACGUCGGAGGUGCUCGAACAUCACGGGCGGCAUGGCUUCCGUACUUCGAGGAUGCGCACGCAAUCUUGUUCCUCGCACCUAUUUCGUGCUUCGACGAGGUCCUCACCGAGGACCGGCGCGUCAACCGCCUCGAGGACUCGUUCAUCCUCUGGAAGGCGAUUGUCUCGUCCAAACUCCUCACCAAGUGCAUCAUCAUCCUGUUCCUCAACAAGUACGAUCUUCUCGCGCGCAAGCUCAAGAGCGGCGUCAAGGUCAAAAAGUAUCUCUCCAGCUUCGGCGACCGCGAGAACUCGGCAGCGGUGCUGGCCAAGUACUUGCACCAAAAGUUCCGCGACCAGCACAAGGACCUCUCGCCGGAACCGCGAUCGUUCUAUGGCUACGUGACGUCCGUGGUCGACACGAAAGCGACUGCGUCGACGCUUCUAUCAGUGCGCGACGGUCUCCUCCAACAAUAUCUAGCCAAGGCGGAUCUAGUCUAAUACCUUAUCUCUUAUUCCUAAAUCUCCGGAUAUCUCCUCUCAUAUCUUGUAUACUACAUAGUGCUCGAUCACGGUCUGCAUAUAUUUAUCCCGGAUCCC